GAGCCCUCCCGAAACCCCUCCCGAGACCCCUCCCGAGACCCCUCCCGAGAGCCCUCCCGAGACCCCUCCCGAGAGCCGUCCCCUCUGAGCCCGGCCCAGGCCAUCGCUCUCCUGGCCCUCACCAUGGAGGAGCCCAGCGCGGGGUUCCACGCGGCCACGCGCCACGCCGGGAUCUCCAGCCGGGAAUACCGGGAUGGAUUCCACUUCAAAGCUCUGCAUUUCCUGCUCAGCGAGGCCCUGCGGAGGCUGUGGGACCCCCGGCGCUGCCACCGGGGGUUCCGGGGGUUCGGGGAUGUCUGGCUGGACGCCUGGCCCGGCCGCGCCGUCAGGUUUGGUCAGUUCAUGGUGACAUCGCUGAGCCCGGAGGUGGCCCAGGGUCAGGGGAACGUCACCUUGCUCCAGGUGAACACCUGCCAUGGAGCCAUCAUCCAGAACUUCUCCUACAACCCCGGCGAGCAGCAGCUGCUGGUGCCACCCUUCGAGACCUUCCAGGUCACCAAAGUCACCCGGGAAGGGAAAUCAGUGAGGAUCCACCUCAAAUCCACCGGGACCUUCAGCACGUACAACUGCGAGUGGCUGCGAGGUGGGAGCCUGCCCAGCCACCCCCCCCACCUCGGGGGGCUUCUCCUGGCCACCGUGGCCAUGGCAGCGGCCAGCGGAACCCUCUGAGCCAUGAGGCCACCGAGGUCAGCGAGGUCUUGGGGGCCACUGUGGCCACCCUGAGCACAAAGGCCACCAGGACCCCCAGGGAAAUGAAGCCACCGAGGCCACCGUGGUCACUUUGGCCAGGGUGGCCAUUGAUGCCACUGGGGUCAUUUGGGCCACUGCGGCCACUUGAGUCACCAAUGUUGCCGUGGCCAUGGUGGCCACCGCGGUCACUUUGGCCACUCUGACCACUGUGACCACUGUGGCCACCAUGGCCACAGAGAGCACCUGAGCCGUGAAGCCACCGCAGCCACCGUGACCACCGUGGCCACCAAGCCCUCCAAGCUGACCCAGGCCACUCUGGCCACCACAGCCACUCUGGCCACCGUGGCCACUGCAGCUCCCGAGGCCACAGAGGCCACCACGACCACUGUGACCCCUCUGACCCC